AUGCACGCCCUCAAAAGCAUCAUCGCCUGCCUCUUCGGCAGCGAAUCCAUCAACUCCCUCGACAACAAGAAACACACCACCACCACCGCCGCCUCCACGCAGAUGAACUACUCGACCUUCACCGAGAAGCAGCAACCGCAACAGCAGUCGCAGCCCACCACCCCCAGCGAAGCCGCCGAGCAGAUCCUGGCGCUCCUCCUCUCAGCCCCCCACCCCAGUGCCGAGCUCAAAGCGCGCACCCAAGCCCUGACGACGCGCAACAGCGCCGUCAACGCAAGCAGCAGCCGCUGGGCGGCGGCCGUCGCGCGCGCCGUGCUGCGCGCCAUGGAGAGCGCGCUGAAAGCGGGCAAGGCGCACAGCGGGGCGAUGGGCACGGCGCUCGAGAAGGCGGAGAUGGCGGCGGCGGAGCUGGGCGAGUUCGUUAAAGCCCACCCGGUGUUUUUCACGGUGUUGGCGCUGGGCGUGCUGGUGCUGUUGGCGCCGGCCGUGAUUCAUGCGCUGGGGUUUGGGGCGUUGGGGCCAGUUGAGGGGUCGUUUGCUGCGGCGUGGCAGUCUACUUACGGUGGUUAUGUCGAGGUGGGAUCGUUGUUCUCGUACUUGCAGAAGCUGGGUAUGCUGUACUGA